AUCCCACCAUCCUUUGAAAAGCUGGCACUGUAUUUAUUUGACAAUGGUUCUUCUAAAGGAAUCACUUGGGUGACUGAACCAGCAGUUGAGUCAUGUUUGUCUUCCAUGGGUGAUGGACUCUGAGAGAUUGUGCUGUAAAUGAGAUACCGUGAAGGAUAGAAUAAUGAAAGACUCGAGGAGAGGUUUGAUUGUAGGUUUCGCCGGCUUUUUCGUCGUCACUGCUCUGCUUGUUUGUGCUUCAGAAGGGUUGAAUUCUGAGGGGCUGUACCUUUUGGAGUUCAAGAAAGGUGUUUACGAUGGACUCAACUUUCUAGGAAACUGGAAUUCGAGUGACCAAACCCCAUGUGGUUGGAAGGGUGUGAAUUGCUCAUUGGACCCUAAAAAUCCAGUUGUGGUGUCUAUUAGUUUGUCUUCACUGAACCUUUCUGGGACCCUGAGUCCCAGUAUUUGCAAUUUGGUUAAUCUUGCUGAGCUUGAUGUUUCUAACAACGGGUUCACUGGAAACAUUCCUAAGGAGAUUGGAAAUUGCUUGAGAUUGGAAAUUCUUUAUUUGAAUAACGAUCUGUUUGAUGGGCAAAUUCCUUCUGAGUUGGGUAAUCUGGCUUCUUUAACAUCCUUGAACUUGUGCACUAACGAGAUAUCGGGUCCAAUUCCGGAGGAGGUUGGAAAACUUUCUUCUUUGGUGCUGUUUCUGGCAUACUCCAACUACAUCAGCGGUCCUCUGCCGGUUUCCCUUUGGAAUCUGAAAAACAUGACGACAUUUCGAGCGGGGCAAAAUGUGAUUUCUGGGAGCAUUCCCUCGACCAUAGGUGGAUGUGAGAACUUGGUGUAUCUUGGUCUGGCCCAAAACAACCUAGGAGGCAAUAUACCAAAAGAGAUUGGGAUGCUUAAGAGCUUGACGGAUUUGCUUCUUUGGGAUAAUGAAUUGAUGGGUUUCAUACCGAAGGAAAUCGGGAACUGUACGAAUCUUCAGACUCUUGAUUUGUAUGACAACCACCUUGUGGGCGAAAUUCCUGGUGAAAUUGGUAAUAUCAAGUCCUUGAUUAUUUUAUACUUGUACGGGAAUGGGUUAAAUGGAAUAAUACCCAAGCAGAUUGGUAAUCUCUCUUUAGCAACAGAUAUCGAUUUCUCAGAGAACUACUUGUCGGGAAUGAUUCCGUCCGAGUUGGGUAAGAUACAGGGUUUGCGUUUAUUCCAGCUUUUUGAGAACCAGCUAACGGGUAUCAUACCAGACGAGCUCGGUACCCUUUCCCAACUGAAGCUUCUCAUACUUUCUGAAAACAAGUUAUCUGGAAAUAUUCCUGCAGCAUUGGGAAAUCUCUCUCAUUUGACCAACUUACAAUUGGGUUGCAACUUGCUUUCUGGUGGAAUACCUGCGGAGUUGGGAGCUCUCACCGGCUUGCAAAUGCUGAAUCUUAGUCACAACGUUUUCUCCGGAAGAAUCCCACCUCAGCUCGGAAACCUAAUUAUGCUAGAACACCUCGUCCUGAAUAACAAUGAUCUGAGUGGUGAAAUACCAUAG